AUGCCAAAAUCGCCCCGUAUGAUCAACUUUCUGAAUUUCAAUCAAAAUGGAUCGUGCAUAUCAAUGGGUACUUCUGAUGGGUUUGAAAUAUUCAAUUGCGAGCCGUUUGGCAAAUUUUGUUCUGAUGAGACAGGUGGGUAUGGGAUCGUGGAAAUGCUGUUUUCGACAUCACUGCUGGCAGUGGUGGGAGUAGGAGAUCAGCCGGCGAUGUCGCCAAGACGUUUGCGCAUAUUAAACACGAAGCGACACUCGACGAUAUGCGAAGUUACUUUCCCGUCUACAAUUCUAGCUGUCAAAAUGAACAGAUCUAGACUUGUAGUACUUUUGCAAGAUCAAAUUUACAUAUACGACAUUAGCAACAUGCGGCUGUUACACACAAUCGAAACUACCAGCAACUCGAACGGACUUGUCACCAUUUCUCCAUCUCUAGAAAGCAACUACCUCGCGUAUCCAUCCCCGCCAAAGAUAAUAAAUUCGGAGAUCAAAGGCCUUGCUACCACCAAUAACAUAACUUUACUCCCGAACGAAGUAAUACCAUCUUCCGGCGCGGAAGUCAGCUCAAGUGCAUUGACUGGGUCACAGGAUGCCAAGGGGAUUGUUACGUUUGAUUCCAGCGCCAUGGGACCUGGGACAAACCACAAUGCCAAAAACAAUAGCGUGAAGAACGGAGAUGUCAUCCUUUUCAAUCUUCAAACUCUGCAACCGGCAAUGGUAAUCGAGGCGCAUAAGGGAGAAAUAGCAGCGCUCACAAUUAGUCCGGAUGGUACUUUACUCGCCACUGCGUCUGAUAAGGGAACAAUUAUAAGGGUAUUUUCUGUUGAGACAGGUUCGAAAGUUUAUCAAUUCAGAAGAGGCACGUAUCCAACGAAAAUCUGUUCGAUGAGUUUUAGCGAUGAUAAUAGGUUCUUAGCUGCAAGUUCUUCUAGCCGAACAGUCCACAUUUUCAAACUUGCCAAGACUGCAUCUGAUCCCGGCAAAGUAGAUAACCAAAACAGCAGUGACAUUGAAGACCACAGCGUAUUUUCUGGCGAAGACAUUGAGGAUGUGGAAAAUGACGAGAUAGGCUCGAUAGGUAGCCAUUCCGCUGCCAGUUUUGGCUCCUCACAUGACGAUCACCCGGAUCCCCUCAAAGAACCCGUUAUAGAUUCUUCGCGAAGAACGGUCGGUAGAAUGAUACGCAAAUCAUCCCAAAAGCUAUCUAGAAAGGCCGCCAAGACCCUGGGCGCAUAUUUCCCUAUUAAAGUGACCUCAAUUUUGGAGCCAUCCAGACAUUUUGCAAGUUUGAAACUACCCGUCGAAAACAACAAUGCGGUGAAAACCAUAGCCUCAGUCGGCUCCCCGGUCGAGAUUCACAGCUCCGAAUAUCCAGAUCUUUUCGAAGAUGGGUCAUGGGGUUCAAGAGACAGAAAUCAUGGUAUUAUGAAGGUCCUUCCUGUACGAGUCAUUUCGUCCGAAGGGUUCAUGUACAACUACAUCUUGGAUCCUGAGCGUGGCGGCGAUUGUUUACUGCUGAGCCAGUAUUCACUGCUGAUGUCGUGA